AUGAAGCAGACAAAUAAUGGAAGUAGUAACAACAUCGCAAAUCAACAAAAUGCAUUUUCAAUGGAAAAUCAAGAAAAACUACUUGCCGAUGCACUUCAAAAUGUUCGCCAACAUGCCUUUUCGAUGAAAAGAGUUUUAGAUCAGGGAGUAGUGAUGGAUGGAUUGAAACAUGCUGCCAAUAUGUUGAGCGAACUACGUACAUCAUUAUUAUCGCCUAAAAAUUAUUACGAACUUCAUGUCGUGGUUGUUGAAGAAUUGCAUCAUCUAGAGUUGUAUUUAACAGAUGAAUUUGAACAUGGACGUGGAAGUCACGAUUUAUAUGAAGUUGUACAAUAUGCUGGAAACAUCGUACCGAGAUUAUAUCUACUAAUUACAAUUGGUCAUGUUUAUAUUCGUGCUAAUGAACUUUCUCGAAAAGAUAUUUUACGUGAUUUAGUCGAAAUGUGUCGUGGAGUUCAACAUCCAUUACGCGGUCUGUUUCUGAGAAACUAUUUAUUACAAUGUGUCAAAAGUUUAUUACCAGAUCAAGAACAGGAAAGUCCGGAUGAGAACAAAACGGGUACAAUACUUGAGUCACUCGACUUUAUUUUACUUAACUUUGCUGAAAUGAACAAACUCUGGGUUCGAAUGCAAUAUCAAGGCCAUACUAGAGAUUUACAACGUCGUGAAACAGAACGACGUGAACUAAGAAUUCUUGUUGGAACAAAUUUGGUGCGUUUAAGUGAACUGGAAUGUGUCAGUGUAGACAGAUAUAAAACCAUUGUUUUGCCAAAAAUAAUGGAACAAGUAGUCAGUUGUAAAGAUUCGAUAGCCCAAGAAUAUCUAAUGGAAUGUAUCAUACAAGUAUUUCCUGAUGAAUAUCAUUUACAUACAUUGAACUUAUUUUUAAAAGGUUGUCGUGAAUUAGCACCUACAGUAAAUAUUCGCAAUAUUUUAAUAUCAUUGAUCGAUCGUAUAACUUCUUAUUCGAUACGUGACGGUGUAAAACAAAGUAUACUGGAAACAAUCAAAUUAUUCGAUAUAUUCUCUGAACAAAUAUCCGAAGUGAUAAAAAGUCGAUCAAACAUGCCUCCCGAAGAUAUUGUUGCAUUACAAAGUGCACUUCUUAGUCUUGCAUUGAAAUGUUAUCGUGAUGAACUAGAUUAUGGUGAUAAAGUUUUGGAAUCUACAAGAAAAAUAUUCGAUGAGGUCACUCCUAAUAUGCAAGUUCAAACGGGUUCAUAUGCAGCAAAAGAACUUGUUAAAAUGUUAAAAGUACCCAUUGAUUGUUAUACUAUCUUAGAAGUAUUAAAACUUAAACAUUAUAGUCAAGUAUUACAAUUAUUGAGUUAUCGUGAGCGACAUACUGUUUGUACGUAUAUAAUUAAUGGUAUAUUAGAUACUGAAACAAUUAUACCAACAGCAGAAGAAGUCACACUAUUAUUAGAUCUAUUAGCUACAUUGGUAGUUGAUCAAUCGGAUUCGGCGUUUGAAUCAUCAAAACAAAAUAUUGCAAAUGAAGAUUUUGUCGAAGAACAGAAUCUAGUAGCAAGAUUGUGUAACAAUCUACAUUCGACUGAUGCUGAUCAACAAUAUCAUGAUGUAUUUAAAAAUGGUGGCAUUGAACGAAUGCGGUUUACCUAUCCGCCAUUAAUAAUGCAAGCUUAUGCGUUAGUCUAUCGUUAUAAAGCAAUAAAAGAUCAGGAUGAAAAAUGGGAGAAAAAAUGUCAAAAGCUCUUUCAGUUUUGUAAUCAAUGUCUUACUUUAUUAACAAAGCCAGAGUCAAACGAUUUACCAUUAAGAUUAUAUUUACAGGGCUCAUUAGCGGCUAGUGAAAUUGACACAGAAAGUACUGAAACAAUAGCAUAUGAAUUUCUAUCACAAGCGUAUGUUCUAUAUGAAGAACAAGCUGGUGAUACCAAAGCUCAAGCUGAAUCGUUAAAAGUUUUAAUUGGUACAUUAGAAAAAGUCAGUUGUUUCAAUGAAGAAAACCAUUCAACAUUACGACAAUCAUUAACUCAGGCGGCGGCACGUUUAUUAAAACGUCCUGAUCAAGUUCGAGCAUUAUUGUUAUGUACACAUUUAUUUUGGAGUGCUAAACGCAAAAAUGAAGCGGGAAAUAUAGAAGAGAUUCGUGAUGGUGAAAAGGUUAAUGCUUGUUUGAAAAAAGCGGCAAAGUUGACCACACAAGUAAUGGAUUUAGCGGCGCAAAUACAAUUGUAUAAUGAAUUAUUAAACUACUAUCUCUACUUUUUUAAACAAAAUCAUCCAGAUAUUGACAUAGCCGUUCUGAAUACAAUAAUAGAAAAACUUCGUACUGAAUCUGCACGUUUAGAACAAAAUAAUGAAAGUGUUGAAUUUAUAAAUAAUCAAAUACGAAAAACAUUUGAUUAUAUGCGUAAUCAAGCUCAAUUAGAAACAAACAUAGAAAAAUUUAAAGGUUUACAAAUUAAUCAGUAG